AUAUCAUUUAAAUUUGUAGCUGAUAAGAAGUGUUAAAAAUAAAAUUCAAGAGGUCAAUAGUUUUAUAAUAUGUUUACAUUGACAUUGUUUUCAGUGAUUAUUUUUAAUCAAUUUUUUGUUAAUUGCCAAUUUGGUGUAAAUAGUAACUCAAAUUUUGGUGGCGAAAACUUAGAUAACACUUUUAGUAAUUUAGACUCAAUAUUAGGUGGAAAUACAAACACAGCCAGCCAAACUUCCUACCCUUACGAUAGCAAUGUUUCACCAAUUAGCCCGGAUACAACAAGUUUAUCAAGUAACCCAGCUGAAGGGUUUCCAUCUGUUAAAGAGCUAGAGUCAAAAAUUAAUGGAAACGUUCCAGAUGUUAACAGUCUUCCUGGUUUUGAUAAGAUUAGUUCCGACUCGGACAAAACUACUCUUGGGGGCGACUAUCAAAAGCAAGCCAGUGCACAAGAUGACGCGUCCAUUCAAGAGCUUUUAAAAUCUUUUCAAACUGAUGAUACGAAUGGUAAUUAUUUUCACAAUAGUGGAAACACGGAUCUUUCACAUUCUCCAAAUGAGUUUCAACAGCAAGCAUUAAAUCGUGACGAUUCAAUAAAUAAUCAGUUGCAAUCUUCAACAUCAUUUAACUCACCAAUUACUUUAGUCACCAAGAAAGUAAUAUUACUUGUUCAAUUACCUGGAUCCUGGGAACCAAAAAGAAUUGUAAUAGGAGUAUUUGGGAACACAGUGCCAAAAACAGUGGCAAAUUUUGUUGAUUUAGCAGAUUCUAAGUAUGGAUUUGGAUACCGAGGAAGCAUAUUCCACCGGGUCAUCAGUAACUUUAUGAUUCAAGGCGGAGAUAUUACAAGAGGAGACGGAACAGGAGGGAAAAGUAUUUAUGGAGGCCAAUUCGCUGAUGAAAAUUUUUUAGUUAAAAUGAACGGACCAGGCUGGGUUUGCAUGGCAAAUGCAGGCAAAGAUACCAACGAUUCUCAGUUUUUUAUCACAACUGGAGAUACUCCUUGGCUCAACGGAAAGCACGUAUGCUUUGGGAAAGUACUGGAAGGAAUGAGUGUCGUUAAUCAAAUACAAAAUGUUCCAAAAGAUAGUAAUGACAGACCACUAAGUCCAGUGAAAGUUGUAGAGAGUGGUAGCCAAAUCGUGGGAAAUCCGUUUGAUGCGGGUAGCCAACCGGUGUACAGCAAUUAGCCUAGUGACCGUCAUUCAACGUUUUUGUAAAAAUAAUUAGAAAAUGUUUAAUUUCUUUAGACUCGGAGAAAAACUUAACAACCCUAACGAGUAUAUAAACACAAAUAAUAAUAAAAAAAAGAUUUAUAUAGAUCA